AUGAACCAUCUCGACAGAAGCAACCUGGCGUAUGCAGCGCUGUCAUUUAACCGAGACAACGGGUUUGACAACCAGAUCUAUGCGCUGGGCCAGUCGCUGUUCUUCGUCAGUUUUUGCGUGUUCCAGGUGCCCAGCAACUUGGUGAUGGUCCGCGUUGGCUUCAGGGCAUGGCUUGCGUUCCUGCUGGUGGGAUGGGGCUGUGUUGCUGUGAGCUUCAUGUUCAUCUCAUCAGCCUGGUCCUUCUACCUGUGCCGCGUACUCCUGGGCGUCUUCGAAAGCGGGGCCUUCCCAGCCAUGUGGUACGCCCUCACAGUCUUCUUUCCUCGCCAAAAAAUCACCAAGCCCUUUGCGUACCUUACGAUUGGCAUCAUGCUUGCCAAGGGUUGGCAAUGGCUGUUCAUGAUGGAGGGCAUCCCCUCCAUCCUGCUGGGCGCCCUGGUCUUCUGUGUCCUGCCUGGUUCCAUAGAUGCGGCGCGCUUCCUGACUCCGGCAGAGCGCGACGCGCUGACCACCGAGGUGGCGCGUGACCAUGCGCCGGGCCCUCUGGCUAAGGACUUGAGGGGCGCCGCGCUGCUGCUGCGUGCUGUCAUCAACAACGGCUACAUGUGGGUUGUAUUCACUUGCGCCAUGCUGGCAUCGGUCGCGUCCCACACCUACCUCGCAUACACGCCAAUCAUCAUCAACAGCCUGCUCAAUGGCACGGCGCUAAGCAACAGCGCCAGCGUGGCGGCCGCAAAGGGCAAUGACAGCCUGCUUCCUGUCGCGCUGGCGGUGGUGCCGUACACGCUGGCAUCGAUAUCCAGCUACUUUGUGGCGCACAGCGCGCAGCGCCGCGACGAGCACUUUUGGCACGUCUCUUCGUGCCUGCUGCUGGCUGUCAUCAUGGGCGUGCUGAUGUUCGCCACUGGCGUGCUGAUUGUGAUCCUGCGCACCUGGGUGGUGCACGACGGUGGCCUGCCUGACGGCGGCAAACGCCGCGACUGCACUCUGGCCUGUGGAAGCCGGGGCAGCAGUGAAGGCGCGGCCCGCGCUGCGCCUGAUAGCGACGAGGUGCGCGUUGUGCUUAGCAAGGACGGCGGCCGUGGCGACGCGCCCACCACCCCUAAGGCGUCCAUGGUCUAA